AUGGCAAGACAUCAACCAAGUAGAGUCAUUCGGCUUCCUAAGUAUAUCCCCUCGACCAGUAUCAAACUCGGUUACUCACCCCAGCAGAAACCCAAGUUCAGCCAUUCAACCUCGUCACUCCCGACAACGAGACCCUCUACGGCUGGCAUCUCCUCCCGCCGCACCUCUGCAAGGAGCACGAAGAGGCCCUCAACGCAAACGAACCCUCCGGCCCAGCAACCGACUACUCCCAAACCACCGCAUUCAGCCUCCUCGCAAAUGACCCCAAUUCCCGGGUCGUCGUUGCCUUUCACGGCAACGCCGCCCAUCUCGCCUCCGCCCAACGCCCCGAGAUCUACCGCAUGCUACUCGGGCUCUCCACCCCCUCCCACCCGCUCCACGUCUUCGCCAUCGACUACCGCGGCUUCGGCCUCUCCACCGGCUCCCCAACGGAGGAAGGCCCUCAUCACCGACGGCGUCGCCCUGCUCAACUUCCUCACAGCCGGGCCGCUGCGCAUCCCGCCGUCGCGCAUAGUCCUCAUGGGCCAGAGCCUCGGCACGGCCGUCAGCGCCGCCGUGGCCGAGCGCUUCGCGUUCGGGUCCCCCGACCCGGCCGCCAUCCAGCCGGCUAUCAAAGACCCCGAGCCGUUCGCUGGGGUCAUCCUCCUCGCCUCCUUCAGUAACCUGCCCAACCUAAUCGAGUCGUACAGCCUGAAGGGUCUGACCCCGCCCAUGCUCUCCCCGCUGAUGGGAUACCCCCGCGUGCAGGCGUGGGUGAAGAGUCAUAUCGUCGAUACGUGGGAUACUGCGGCGCGCGUGGCCCGGUUGACGGGCGUUGCGCCGGGUACGUCUGAUGCUGCUUCUACAAGUAAGGAAUUAGAUUUGGCCAUUAUCCAUGCGAAGAACGAUGUCGAGAUCCCGUGGUAUGAAGGUCGUCAGGUUUGGGUUGCGGCCACCGGGGAAAACGUCAAAGAUGCGCCUGGCAGUAUUGUCUAUCAGAGAAAGGACUCGAACGGCCCUAAUGAGGUUCUCGUAUGGGAGAACAGGGCACCUGAUGGCUCUGCGCCGGUGAGGAAGGUUAGGUGGGAGCGUGUUGCCUACGGCGGUCACAAUCGCGUGGCAACGUUCACCGCUGCUGCUAUUUCUGUGCUAAGGGCCUUUGACGAGUAG